AUGGCGCUGAUGUUCAUACUAUUUGAUAUUGUGCAAUAUUUAGUUGAAGAAGCACACGCAGAUGUUCAUCGAACGAACAAGAGAAAUGUGACAUGUUUAAAUAUGGCAGGAAUUCUUGGUCAUUUACAAUUAAUUGAAUAUUUUUUUAAGCAACCUGGUACAGAUAUUAACCAUCAGACUAAUGGCGGACAAACAACAUUACAUUAUGCUGUCAUAAUGAAUCGUAUCGAUGCUAUUAAACUUCUGUUGUCAUACAACGCUCGAAUUGAUAUUCAAAAUGAUGAGAUGAUGACUCCCUUGGAAAUCGCUGCUGUUGAUCUGCGUGAAGAGAUUGUGAAUUAUUCAUUGAAUGUUGAAGAUAUGGUUCGAGUUCGAGAUAAAAUCGAUAUCUUAGAACUAUUAGGAGCUUCACUUUUGUGUGCUAGACAUGAACUUCAGCAUUAUGACAGAGGUUAUCAAUAUUUAAUGCAAGCAAUGGUAUUGAGAAUGUCAAAUGGAAUCGAAAAAACACCGAAUAAACCGAUUUCAGUCUAUAAAAACCAUGUUGAAUGCGUCUCAAUUGCGGAACUUGAAUCAAUUCGCUAUAACAGUGAUGGACUUCGUCUUGAAGCAUUGCUGAUUUGUGAACGACUUUUGUCAUCGAAAAACAAUAUGGAAUUACUAGAUUGUAUUCGGAUAGAAAGUUGGUUAUGUUAUUCAAAUUCUGAAUACGAGCGUGGUAUUGAUUUGAGCCUUCGUGGAUUACAGUUUUCUAUUAUCAAUGAUGAUAUGAAUAUAAAUAUUCGACAUAUUCGAGACAGGAUGUCUUAUAUCUCCGAGGUAACACGAGAUAUUGGUGAAGUAUACUUGGAAAUACUGUCCUUCGGAAAUGUAUUUAUUCCAACAAGAAGAUUUUUGGAAUGUUUUCAAUUAUCAAUCGAUCGGUUUCGACGUCUAUAUCGGAAAUUACUUGCAGCACCGGAAAAAGUGAUGCAAAUUGCACAUAAUUACUAUAUGAACAGCAUUUUAUUUUUAAUUUAUGUUUCUACGAAGAUUAGUUUCACAUCGAAUGAACAAGAACAACUGUGUAGAUUAAUACAAUGGAUCAAUCGAUUAAAUAUUCUCAGAAAAUUUGAUUGUUCAACACUUCUACACUUAUUUUGUCAUCCACAUUUUAGUGUCAAAAUAUCACAAACCGAAAUCUCUUUUCUGUGUGCUGAUGCUGUCAAGUUAUUGAUCGAAUGUGAUUUUGAUGUUAAUGCUGUUGAUAUCAAUGGAAAUACACCUUUGCACAUUCUUUUUCGAAAUAUUUCAGAUUCACAGUUGACAAUCGCAGAAAAAAUAUUGGACAUAUUUUUGCGUACAAAUCGGUUUCAUCCGGAUUACGUUAAUAAGCAAGGCAAGACGCUUUUGGAUUGUACGGAAAAUUCUCAAUUGAUCGAAUUAUUCAAACGGAAAGUUAUUCUAAGUUUGAAGUGUCAAUGUGCUCUGCGUCUUAAUCUAAUGAAGAUCAAUCAUGAAAGCUAUUUAUCACAAAAUCUAAUCGAAUUUGUUCGAAAACAUAAAUAG